CUGGAGGCGGCCAACAGCAGCGCGGCGCUCAGCUGCGCCGACCCGCUCGCCGCCUUCCCCAACCGCUCCGCGCCCCUCGUGCCGUGCCGCGGCGGCUGGCGCUACGCCCAGGCCCACGCCACCAUCGUCACCGAGUUUGAUCUUGUCUGUGUCAAUGCAUGGAUGCUGGACCUCACCCAAGCCAUCCUGAACCUAGGCUUCCUGGCUGGGGCAUUCACAUUGGGGUACGCAGCAGACAGGUAUGGCAGAAUAGUCGUUUACCUAAUAUCCUGUUUCGGUGUGGGUGUUACUGGUGUUGUGGUGGCAUUUGCACCAAAUUUCCCUGUGUUUGUGAUCUUCCGCUUCCUACAAGGUGUGUUUGGAAAGGGGACAUGGAUCACUUGCUACGUGAUUGUGACAGAAAUAGUAGGUUCAAAGCAAAGGAGGAUUGUGGGAAUAGUGAUUCAAGUGUUCUUCACCCUUGGAAUCAUAAUUCUCCCUGGAAUUGCCUACUUCAUUCCUAAUUGGCAAGGGAUCCAGCUAGCCAUAACGCUGCCCAACUUUCUCUUCCUCCUUUAUUACUGGGUGGUUCCUGAAUCUCCCCGCUGGCUCAUUACUCGGAAGGAAGGAGACAAAGCAUUAAAAAUUCUGAGGCGCAUUGCUAAAUGCAAUGGGAAAUAUCUCUCGUCAAGUUAUUCAGAGAUCACGGUUACAGAUGAGGAAGUUAGUAAUCCAUCCAUUUUAGAUCUGGUGAGAACUCCCCAAAUGAGGAAAUGUACACUUAUACUUAUGUUUGCUUGGUUCACAAGUGCAGUGGUGUACCAAGGACUUGUCAUGCGCCUGGGAAUCACAGGAGGCAACCUCUACUUAGACUUUUUGAUCUCUGGAGUCAUGGAGCUGCCAGCAGCUCUAUUGAUCUUACUGACCAUCGAGCCCAUUGGACGCCGCCUCCCCUUUGCAGCAGGCAACAUUGUGGCGGGGGUUGCAUGCCUUGUCACUGCAUUCUUACCAGAAGGAAUACCAUGGUUAAGGAAAACAGUUGCUACCCUGGGAAGACUAGGGAUAACCAUGGCCUUUGAAAUUGUUUAUUUGGUGAACUCAGAAUUGUACCCAACAACGUUAAGAAACUUCGGUGUUUCACUCUGCUCAGGUGUGUGUGACUUUGGAGGAAUCAUAGCCCCGUUCCUGCUUUUUCGGCUAGCAGCCGUGUGGCUAGAACUACCUCUGAUCAUCUUCGGUAUCCUAGCAUCGGUUUGUGGUGGCCUCGUGAUGCUUUUGCCUGAAACCAAGGGUAUUGUCUUGCCAGAGACAGUGGAUGAUGUUGAAAAACUUGGAAGUUCACAUCAACUUGGCAGGAAAAAGAAAACCCAGGUUUCCAGCUCUCACCUGUGAGACACCACCCCGCCACAAAGCCAGAGGAAGGAGCUGUUGGAGUCAACCCUCCUGGAGAGACUGAGCCUCCAGAGAUGUACCUGUGCGCUUCAGCAUCGUUACAUGGCACCCAUUCAAGUGUCUUUAGUAUCAUAUAAACACCUGCAGAUUAUGCAGAGUAUUUUUAUACAAUAUUGGGUGCUUUCUGAUUUAUCACACUAUUGAAGUUUCUGGGAGCACAUGAUACGUGGCUGGGUUAGCAAAGAACCAUCCUGGUUUUUUUUUCUGGUAUUGGGGUCAGCAGUCUCUGACUCAUUUGGUAAAAGAGCACUGAGAGAAACCCUACCUGAUCCUUAUCAGGCUGUGCAACCGAGGAUCCAGGAAAGCUGAGUGGAGAUCACAUCUGAUUAAAGGACACAGCACUGAAUGGAGCGUCAGGAAGAGUUCAUGCAGGAUGAUGAUUUUCCCAGGCCAUACCAGCCGAGCCUCUGCUUUCUCUGCUCCCUGAGUCCCAUGCCUUUGCAGCCUGGACAGGCCAGGUGUCCCUCCCACCCAGCUUCUCUGCAGCAUCUGGGGUUCCAGGCACAGGUUAGGCCUCAUUCUAUAAAUAAGCACAGGUCUGCUGUAUAAUUUGAGAAUUUGGCUCUAUUAUUUUAAAAUCAGGUUUGGGUCCUGAGAUUACUUGGAAUAUUUUUGAUAUCUUUUAGGGGACACCUAUAUAACCAGGGAAUUCAUUCUGUACAGAACAAAAUCCCUAGAAUAAUGAUUUCCUGUGUCUUAUGAUUUUAAAAGUAAAGGGAUAUUUAUGUUGUAUUUGUGAGUUCUAGUCCAAUGGUGCCUGUGGUCAAGAGUGAAAAAUACGGAUGGUUCUCAUUUAAUUCUGGUCCUUUGAUUUGUCUUGGAAAAAAAGCUUACAUUUUCACUUAAAGAAAAGGUCAGUUAUAUCCAGGCUUAAAAGGAAUUAGCAUCAGCUCUAUAAGUGACUAUUGAUACUAAUAAGAGAUUUGACCUUUCAUGUUACCAAGACUCUUGAAAUGUGGAAGUUAAACACAAUAUUUUGCUUUGUUUCCUCUUUGUAUUUUCAGAAUCCAACGUGUAUCUUAUGCUGAAUUUUUUAAUGAGAAACUUUGUGAGGAUAGGCAAAAUCGGUAACAAUGGAAACUUUGCCAAUGAGAAAGAAAUUUCUAUGAGGAGAAUAUACAUAUAUGUGAUAGUAUUAAGAUAUGUGUACUGUUGGUAAAAUAAACUUUGUGUGUGUGUGGUACUGGGGAUAGAACCCAGGACCUUGUGCAUGCUAGGCAGGUGCUCCACCACUGAGCUACUCCCAGCCUAAAAAUAAACAUCUUAAUCUUUAAAGUACAUCAGAAUUUCAUAUGGAUGUUCUAUUCAUCAACGAAGGAAACAGAGCUUUUUGAAGAUUUAAUGCUCCAUUCUUCCUGUAUUCACAGACACUGAUGUUUUGCUUUUCUUUGCGUCUCUUUGCUGUAAAAUGGCAGUUGCUUUUUGAUACUAUCACCUCUGAGUUGUACUUGGAAUUGACAUUUUUGUUUGAUAACAAUAAAAAAUUUAAAUUGUUAAAAAAAAA